ACUGGGGAGUAAUAUGACUCAUUGCUUGACCUUGCAUCGAUUGGCCAUGUUGCGCACCAGGUUUGUAGGCAUACACAACUAAAGCUUGGGCUUCCUCCUCUUCCUUGAGGGUAACAAGAAUGUGUUCUCCCAGUCACAGCCUCGUGGCGGAGCAACGGAAGCGGUCCCGAGGUUUCGUGCAUAUGUCAUUCAACGAUGUAGAUAAGGAUGGGACGGUACUCAACUCACGCAACCGAUCUACUUUUUUACUUUUUUACUUUUUGUUUUGUUCUGGAAGGAACCUUUAUAUCCUCCAUUUGCAGCACACAUAUCAGUAUCGGACGACCAAAACCUCGACGACGAGAAGGCUUCCUACACCGGAAAUCAUGUGUGUCAUCUACACAAUAACAACUGCCCUUCCGGACGGCAGUUUAGGAGCUGAAAGGACCCCUUUCCACUGCGACAACUUCCGUGACAACGAGGUCUGCGAUGACGCAUUCGAGUGGACUCCUUCACUGCCGCCUUCCGUCGACCUCGCAGAAUUGGGGUGGUGGAGUCGUUCAUUGUCGUCUGGUUAUUGUCGCGAGAUGCCUGCCCCAGAUUUCGACAGAAUUCCACAGCAUAGGGAGGAAUCCCAGGUUCGUUAUCACGCAGAGCUCAACUAUGGUGAAGAGAUUGACAAGGAUAUCACAGAGGUGAAAACACAGGCGCAGCGCCCUGCUCGACGUGAUGCACCGGACUGGAGUCAGACGAGCUAGAGCGGGGUUCCAGCCGCUCUGCGUCAGCUCACGGUAGCUCUCGUUCGCAUGGUUCAAUCAGUUUGAUAUGAAGGGCUACGCGAAUUUCGCACCAUGAUCCACGACAUUGCAAGGUUUGACUACGAACCCGGCUGCGCUGCUGUGUGCCGAGCGGCCUAUCGGCACGCAGUGCACCAGACUAUGGAAACACUUGCCAAGUGUGUAAGGAUCUGUCGCAUUCUUGAAGAGGAGAGCAUGCAUAUGCUCAAC